CAUCACUGUGAUUCCCAAGUGGAAACAGUGACUCAUUAAUCUGUGAACAAAUAUUUCAGAGAGAAUAACCCAGAUCAUUUGAAUGGGCUGAAACUAUUUUUGCAUCUCAGCUGUGGGAAUUUCAGCUGUGUCACUCUGGUUAGAGACAGAAAACCACCUCAUCUUGUCCAGACAACUGCAAGUAGACGUAUCAAACCUCUUCUUUAUAUGAAUAUACGCAUAUAAAGGUAGACCAAAAAAAUGCAUUUCACAGACCGACAUAUAGUAGAAUAACAAUACAAUAAAUAUUAGUUGCUCUAGUUUGAGGUGGUUCUCACCUCUUCUUGAAAGUCAUGAGUCAUUACUGUCUAAUGUCAGACUAACGUCUGCAAAGCAGUACCCGUAGCCCAAUUGUUUUUUAGGGCCUGUAACAUGUUUGCUCUUGGGACAAUGGAGAGGGGGAGAUGGGAAACCUGUUACAUCAGUACAACAGAGAAAGGAGUUUAGGUGCCUUCACAGGGAGGGGCCUAGCUGAUGGCAGAUGACGUGACCUUGCCUUUGCUUUCUACCAUUCCACAUCCCCAUAGACUGUUCUUGAAGGGUUGAGUGAGCAUCAGAAUCAACAAUAUUCCAAAAGUACCUGGAGAACUAUUUGCCAUACAUUUUCAGCCUUAUCAUCAUUUGAGCUCAUUGAACUUGGAACUUGAUUUAAUCAAAGACUGCCUACUAGAAAGAGGAGAGUUAGUAUACCAAGAGGUUUGGCAACGCUGGAGUGUUUCAAGGGAAGUUGAAGACAUAUUUGUGAUCGUCCAUUUGUUGCCUUAUCAUCAUUUGAGAUUAUUUCACCACCUGCAUACUUGAGAGAGGAGAAAAGCCGAUUGUGACAUCUCAGUACAUUUAAAAAAGGCGCCACCAGCAGACCAUUCGAGAUGGAUAAGUUCCGUAUGAUGUUCCAGUUCCUCCAAUCCAACCAGGAGUCCUUCAUGAAUGGCAUCUGUGGUAUCAUGGCCCUAGCUAGCGCCCAGCUCUACUCAGCCUUCGAGUUUAGCUGCCCUUGUAUCCCGGAGUACAACUACGCCUACGGGAUUGGACUGCUGGUUAUCCCACCUAUAUGGUUCUUCCUACUAGGGUUCGUGUUGAAUAACAAUGUUUCGAUGUUAGCUGAGGAAUGGAAAAGACCGACGGGGAAGAGGGUGAAGGAUCCGACGAUCCUUCGUUACAUGUUCGUUUCGAUCACGCAGCGGUCCUUGAUCGCGCCCAUGGUGUGGAUAUCUGUGACUCUUAUGGACGGGAAGAGCUUCCUGUGUGCGUUCAGCGUCAACUUGGACAUUCGUCAGUUUGGGAAUUCGACCCUCAUUGAGGGAAUGACGGAAGUGGAGAUUGUUAAAAUGUUAGCGAAGAUUCCAUGCAAGAAUAUCUUCGAUCAGCCCGAGGUGAUAUCGAGAGAAGCGGCAUCGAGAUAUAUCAAGUGUAUAUCCCAGGCGUUUGGCUGGGUAUUCCUGCUGCUGAUGACCUUAGCAGCCUUCAUGAUACGAGCCAUCCGACCCUGCUUCACCCAAGCUGCCUUCCUCAAGACCAAAUACUGGUCUCACUACGUCGACAUCGAACGCAAGCUCUUCGACGAGACGUGCAAGGAGCACGCCAAGACCUUCGCCAAGGUCUGCAUCCAGCAGUACUUUGAGAGCAUCAGCGGCGACAUGCGCAGCUUCCACAAGCACCGGUCAAGCAAAGACGAUAGCGACGAUGAUGAUGAUGACAAGAAGAAGAGCGACGAGGACAAGCUUCUCGGGAUCCGCGACCAGGACGAUAUGAAUAAAGUUCUGUGGAAUUGGCACACGUGUAAGCCGCCUCUGGCACUGAGGAAGGAACAGCCGGAUGGAGAAUCCCAUGAAGGGCUCAUACCAAAUGGAGACGUCCAUGGAGUCAGCGGAGGGCCAAAUGGAUAUACUAACCAUCACGCUCCCGAUUUGCCUAAGAGGGAAUGGGCGGUAUACUACAGCAAAGUUUGAACAUUUCAAGAGGAAAAAGCACCAUUCACUGUGGCAUGGAUAUUUUUGAUUGACUAUUUAGACUGAUAAGACUGAUUGUCCUUUAAGAUUUAGACUGUGGUUUAAAGAUAGAAUUGAAGUCCUUUUUGUGGUGUGAUCUUAUUUUGAUGGAGGGCUUAGUUGGAAAUGAUUCCUGGCAUCCAACAUCAAACACUCCCAAAUUGGCACUUUUGUUGCUCCUUGGUUUCAGAGUGGUUAACUGUAUUUUUUGUUAGAGUACCCAAAGGGGGGAACCUUACUUGAGUUGUUGUACAUAAUGUGUCAGAUAUGUCAUGAGGAUGUACAGUCUGCUUCUUGUUAUUACUGCUAUGUGUAGACUUUUGAAAAUUCUUUAUCAAUUAAACCAAACAUCAAAUGGCUCCUUGUAGAAUCUCGAUGAAAUGUUUCCUUUAGCCUAACGCUACUGUGGAAGCCUAAAUU